UCUUUACGGAUACCUCCCAGUAGUGUUUUGAAUACGCAACUGUCCUUGUAAAGAUGCACUGAACAUGUGAGUGUAUUUCCCUUCAGAGAAAGUUAUCACCUACUGAAAGCUGCAGUACCAGGCUGAAACAUCCACAUAAGACAACGGCGUGAUGGCCUCUCGUUUGCUCAAGUACUCAGUGCUUCUUCAGAAGUACCGGGCUCCGCUGCUAAUUGCCAGCUGUGGAGGAGUCUUUGCAGCCAAUAUGUUCUACCACGCUUUCCCAGACCAGUCCUACCGUCAGCUCUAUCAGGCCUGGUAUAAAGGAGAGCCAGUGGUGCUGUCGGAAAAGCUGGAGGGUUUGUUUCAGCAGGUGCUUAAAGACUUUGGUGUCAGCUCAGCCAAGAGCUUCUCUGCCUUCGCCUCCUUUGGGUUCCACCCGGUUGGUGCUGGAGUUCCAUGGCUGCCUGCCGGGGCCCAAAUCGGCAUCCCAGCUAAUUUUAACAGCACUGCAGAGGAUCCAAGCGGGAUUACCAACCGCAACAUCUUCAUCAACGGCAAAACGGUGGACUGGAACAGCGAGACCGGCAGCGCUCUUAAGGAGGCACUGGUGUUCUCUUUAGAGGCGCAGAAGUUUGCCAUCGCUCGUGAAGUGGCUCGCUUACAAUCCGGGGGUCCUGUCAUGACGGCCGCCGUCGCUCCUUUCUGCCUGGGUGGGGUUUGGGUGUACAGCGUGGUGCUAAAGCAGGUGUUUGGGCUGCAUGGUGGCCCCUUGCUGAUGCGCGGGGCGGUGAAUGUUCUGGCACUGGGAAUAGGGGCCGUUUCUUAUUUCCUCACCUCGGACGCUGUCAACCAGUGGAUCGACCACAGCUCAGACCGGCGCGCAGCCGAAGUGUCUCGAGAAUAUGCCAAAGGAGGAGUGGAGUUUUACAAUAAAAUCCUAUCCAGAAAUAAGACGCUGCGCUCACUGAUGGGACAGAAGGGAGAGGAGAUGUACGCCCCCAGUGGGAACCUGUUUCCUGCUCACGUCCUGCAGCUGAAGCACACCCCUUACACCACCAGGAGAGAUGGCAUCCUGGCUCUGCUGAAAGAGGACAAAGCAUAAGAACUUUUACUAAUAAGAAAACGUUCAAUAUUUAGCUGCAAAGUUGUUACCAGCAGGCAGAUAUUUCUAAUAGAAAUACGUCAUCCUGUCUCUGCUGAAUGUUUUAUUUUUUUUGUGUCAUUAAAAUAUAAUUACAAU